AUGAGAGGAAUUUUUUGGCACAUCGUAUCACAGUUUCUCAAUUUUCUCAUUUUUUUCUUUAGAUAUAUUCAGAUAAUUGUAAUAAGACUACACAACAGCGCACUCCCCGAUCCGCCAUAUUUAUUUACAUCAGACAAUAUCUCAACAGUCAAUGAAUCAGUUCCAACUUUAAAACCAUACAUCACUGCACAACUCACUGUUGAUCAAGCAAAUGAACUAAAGACCUUUGUUAUUGGUGAUGGCUUGAACUAUGGUGAAUCCUCGAGAAGGCGACAAAGGGUCGAAAAGUCCAAUGAGACGAGAGACAGAAGUUACAUGUCACCAAAAGCAACGUUCUUCUAUAACAGACCUUUAGAGGCAGAUUCAAAUUAUUCCGCUUUUCAGAGAACCUUUAUUGAAGAGGUAAGAAUAUCUAGAAUAUUAGAGACAUUGAAUAUGAGUGCACAUCUAGAAUUAGAUCUCAAAUGCCAAACCUAAAACCAGAGAUAGCCGAAGUUGAACUGGAUUUUGGCGUCCGAUAUAUGUAUGUGGCUUCAUUUUUCAAUUGGGCAGAUAGACGAAGAUCUUACUCCAGAUAUAUAAGGAGCUCACUGGCUCAAGGAUGAAAUCGAGGCCAAUAAUCGGUUCUUAGUUAUACACGUUUAUUAAGAAUUUAUAUUUAAAUAUGUAUUAUUGUCACGAUCAUGUGAGCCAAGCUCUGGGCGGAGACAGCGUGUUAAGGAUUUCUUACAUUGGUUAUACAGGAUACCUAUUACUCGAGCUCGUGGUUAGAGCCAGUAAAGACAAGAAUGACAGAAACCGAAAUAUCUGGUGAAAUAAGUAGUGGUUCAG